GUUGAACAAAUCCUGGCAGAAUUUAAGAUCAGAGCUCUGGAAUGUCACCCUGACAAGCAUCCUGAAAACCCCGAGGCUGUGGAGACUUUUCAGAAACUGCAGAAAGCAAAGGAGAUACUGACCAAUGAAGAAAGUCGAGCCCGCUAUGACCACUGGCGGAGGAGCCAGAUAUCGAUGCCGUUCCAGCAGUGGGAAGCUUUGAGUGAUUCGGUGAAAACG